GCGCAUUGCGAGGGCGGCAGGGAAGAAGUAGUAGAUUCCACCAGACUGCUACCGCCUAACUUGAACAUUCUUCUUGUAUAGAAGUAUGGACUCCAUUGACUGUAUACAAUGAUCAUUCUCCAUAGCCACACUACUAUACUGAAAACACACUACAACAGUAGUGAUGUGCUCUGCUGAUGUAAUGGCGACAUUGUGAAGCCGACAACAGAUUUUGCCGCGGACCAAUCGGGGGGUGGGGAUUCACCAGCAGCGGCGCAUUUCCAUCUCUUAGUUGUCACUGCCCCGCCGGCGACUUUGACUACAACCUUUACUUACUUCCCUGUACUUGUUCAUCUCACCUCAAGUGUCCAAAUCCUUCGUCUUCCAUCAAGCAGCAAUCUGCGUGCGGAUAUCUUCAGCAAAUUCAUCAAACAAAUCCGUCAAAAUGAAGGCCUACUGGUACGACAACAAGCCGGGCGACCAACGCCUCCCCCACGACUCCGCGCGCCCGGUUACCGAAUCCUACCUCCGCUCCCUCGGCGUGAUCUACCACCACCUGCCUGACCUCGCCUCCGUCGACGCGCUGGCUGCCGCCCGUGGCUACAAGAAUCGCGACGAGAUUACCGUCUCGCCCGCGACCAUGGGCGACAUCUACGAGGAGAAGGUCAAGAGUUUCUUCCACGAGCACCUGCACGAGGACGAGGAGAUCCGGUACAUCCGCGACGGCCGCGGCUAUUUCGACGUGCGCGGCCAGGAGGACGAGUGGGUGCGCAUCCAGCUCGACAAGGAUGAUUUGAUCAUCUUGCCCGCCGGCAUUUACCAUCGGUUCACGACGGAUGAGGGGAAUUAUAUCAAGGCGAUGCGCCUUUUUCAAGAGGAACCCAAGUGGACGCCGUUGAAUCGGAGUGAGGAGUUGAACGAGAACCCUCAUCGCGUGGGCUAUCUCGGUACCCUAGAGAAGGCGACGGUUGCUGCUGUCUGAGAUUUGUGGGGGCGGUUGAGGAGAGAAGAGGGGACGGCCUUUGGGUUAGGCCUAGCUUUACGUCGUUGCUGUGAUGAAGUAUGGUUGUAUAUAGAAUAAGGCACAUGAAAUUAUGACACUCAAGUCUUACUAGAAGAAA